AUGGAUUCUCCCAAAGCCAGUAAUAAACAGAUCUGGCCAUUAGUGGAUGUUAAUUCAGACGACGAAGCAUUUUGGGAUGAUAAAGAUUUAAUUGCUGAAUAUGAUAGAAUUGAGUCUCUUGUUCAGGAUAAAUUAACAAGAGAACUGGAUAAUAAUGCAAAACAUAAGUCCUAUGGAAUUAGUGACAAUUUCCAUAAAAAUAUAAAGAAAGAUUCAUCCAGUACGUGUAAUAAAUCGAAGGUACACCAUACUGAAAAUAUUCAUGGAGAAAAUGUCGGCUUAGCGGAUAUUCAACCACUCAUUGUCAACAGCAAUCCAGUUUGUGAUUUCCAAUGGAUUCCUCCGUGUUUAAAACCUCCGCCUCAAUUAUUUUCUCAUUUGGCUUCAUCAAGGGACAGUCAUCUUCCUAGUGAUGUUCAACCUUCUGUUCCUUCUCAACCAAUCUUUAAUAGCACGAAAAGUGGUUUAUCAACUAUCGAACCUAUACUACGCUCCUGGUAUGAAGCAGGUUACCAACUUGGUCGUUCACAUGCUAUGAAGUUGAAGUCAACGUCAUCUGUACCUGCUGUAAACUCUUAUUAA